AUGGACAGCGACGCCGCGGCCGGCGCGGUGUCCGUCGAGAUCCGCGGCGGCUCGCCGCGCAGCCGCUCCCCCCGCGCCGCGACGUCACCGCCCGGCGGUGGCGCGGGGCGGAAGCGCCGCGCGGUGGCGAGGGGCGUCCAGAGCACGCUCUCCAAGAUGUCCAUGCUCGCCAACUUCCUCCCCACAGGCACGCUGCUCGCCUUCGAGAUGCUCCUCCCGGCAGCGUCCGGAGACGGCUCCUGCUCCGCCGUCAGCGUCGCCGCGCUCAGGGCCCUCCUCGCGCUCUGCACCGCCUCCUGCUUCCUCUUCCACUUCACCGACAGCUUCCGCGCGCAUGACGGGAAGGUGUACUACGGUUUCGUCACGCCGAGGGGCCUGUCGCUGUUCAGGACCGGGCUCGGCGUCGAGGUGCCCAGGGAGGACAGGUACCGGCUCGCCUUCGUUGACGUCGUGCACGCCGUCAUGUCGGUGCUCGUCUUCGCGGCCGUCGCGCUCGCCGACUACCGCGUCUCCGGGUGCCUCCUCCCCGGACACCGCAAGGAGAUGGACGAGGUGAUGGAGAGCUUCCCGCUCAUGGUGGGCGCCGUGUGCAGCGGCCUCUUCUUGGUGUUCCCCAACUCGCGCCACGGCAUCGGUUGCUUGGCUGCAUGA